AUGUUUGAAUCAACAAGAUUGUUCUUGGAGACUGAAUCUCAAAAUUCGCUAUGGAAGAAAAUUCAUCCAACUUUCAUAAUCAAAACUUUUUGGACAUUCGGAAAAUAUGGUUCUGGCGCUUAUAAAAAUAAACUUUAUAAUCGAAUUCGAAAA